AUGUGUAAAAUAAGCAUGAUAGUGAUAUUAUUUCAAAUAUCCGACGAUUUAGAGUAUGGCAACAACGGUUACCAUAAAUACCUAUUCGAUCACAUUCCAUUAAAAUAUCUACUAAAAAGAAUAUUAAAUUAUGGAAAAGAGAUGAUAAUUCUCUCACAGGCAUGCAAAUUUUCAUCUGUUAAAAAUGCAAAAACUUUUGCCACAUUAAUUGAUUCUUCUGUAGGUACCAAAGAAGUUGUACAUAUAAUUUUUAAGGGAAUGCCCUUAAUUGAUGGUGGCGUUGAUCCGAGAAUAUCCAAAUCUUGCGAAGGUUUCACCAAUUUAUCAGAUUAUUUUGCACGAAUAGCUGGUGAUUGGUUUAUUAUUGAAGAACAACCUUAUUACGAUGAUAUUGAAACAAAUAAUGAACAUGGCAAUUUUACUAUAAAUUGCUUGCGUAUUGGAGAUGUUGUUAUGAUGCAAAUACAAGAUUACAAUGAAUGUUACGUCAUUGUUGAAGCAAUUUUUAGUCAUAAUGGUAACGAUAAUAAGUUGUAUGUAUUUAUUAUUGUGAAAUGGUUUGAGGAGACUUAUCAGAUUAAACUUGUCUGUCCGAUAUAUAGAAUACAAACAGAUAAUAGAUGGCGACAUGUUUUUCCAUUAUCUGCAAUAGAUUUAAUUAAUAACGCGAUUUACUGA